ACCACUGCUCCCCCAACAACCACCACUGGCCCAACUUCAACAACCAUUGUUCCAACUACAGCUACUGCUUCAUCAACAACCACCACUGCUGCCCCAACAACCACCAUUGGGCCAACUUCAACAGGCAGUGUUCCGACUACAAGUACUGCUUCAUCAACAACCACCACUGCUGCCCCAACAACCACCACUGGCCCAACUUCAACAACCACUGUUCCAACUACAGCUACUGCUUCAUCAACAACCACCACUGCUGCCCCAACAACCACCACUGACCAGAGUUCCACAACCAGAAUUCCAACUACAACUACUGCUUCAUCAACAACCACCACUGCUGCCCCAACAACCACCACUGGCCCAACUUCAACAACCAGUGUUCCAACUACAACUACUGCUUCAUUAACAACCACCACUACUGCCCCAACAACCACCAUUGGCCUAACUUCAACAACCACUGCUCAAACUUCAGCUACUGCAACCACCACUCCAACCACAACCACAACUACUGCUGGCCCAACGUCAACAAUUUCCACUCCUUCAAUACUAACCACUGCUCAAAUUAAAGCUGCUGAUGCAACCACGACUGCUGUACCAACAACCAACAGCCCAAGUACAACAACUGCUGCUCAAACUACAAUUACAAGUAUUCCUACAACAACUGCUCCCCCAACAACCACCACUGGCCCAACUACAACAACUUUUAAUAGAUCAACAAAUGGAGCCCAAUCAACAACAACUUCUGCCCCAUCAACAACUGCCAGCUCUUCAACAGCAAGCACCACUCAAACUACAACUGUUGCAGAAACCAUGACAGCUGAAUUGAAAACAACUGAUGUCUUGACAACAACCACCAUUGGCCCAACUUCAACAACCAGUAUUCCAACUGAAACUACUGCUUCAUCAACAACCACCACUGCUGCCCCAACAACCACCACUGGCCCAACUUCAACAACCACUGUUCCAACUACAGCUACUGCUUCAUCAACAACCACCACUGCUGCCCCAACAACCACCACUGACCAGAGUUCCACAACCAGAGUUCCAACUACAACUACUGCUUCAUCAACAACCACCACUGCUUCCCCAACAACCACCACUGGCCCAACUUCAACAACCAUGGUUCCAACUACAGCUACUGCUUCAUCAACAAUCACCACUGCUGCCCCAGAAACCACCAUUGGCCCAACUUCAACAACCACCACUCCAACCACAAUUACUGCUCCAGCAACAACCACCACUGCUGCCCCAACAACCAUAAUUGGGCCAACUUCAAUAAGCAGUGUUCCAACUACAACUACUGCUUCAUCAACAACCACCACUGCUGCCCCAACAACCACCACUGGCACAACUUCAACAACCACUGUUCCAACUACAGCUACUGCUUCAUCAACAACCACCACUGCUGCCCCAACAACCACCACUGACCAGAGUUCCACAACCAGAGUUCCAACUACAACUACUGCUUCAUCAACAACCACCACUGCUUCCCCAACAACCACCACUGGCCCAACUUCAACAACCAUGGUUCCAACUACAGCUACUGCUUCAUCAACAACCACCACUGCUGCCCUAGAAACCACCACUGGCCCAACAUCAACAACCAGUGUUCCAACUACAACUACAGCUUCAUCAACAACCACCACUGCUGGCUCAACAACCACCAUUGGGCCAACUUCAACAAGCAGUGUUCCAACUACAACUACUGCUUCAUCAACAACCACCACUGCUGCCCCAACAACCACCACUGGCCCAACUACAACAACUUUUAUCCCCGCGAGCACCACUCAAACUACAACUGCUGCAGCAACCACGACUGCUGUAUUGAAAACAACUGAUGACUUGACAACAACCACCAUUGGCCCAACUUCAACAACCAGUGUUCAAACUACAACUACUGCUUCAUCAACAACCACCACUGCUCCCCCAACAACCACCACUGGCCCAACUUCAACAACCAUUGUUCCAACUACAGCUACUGCUUCAUUAACAACCACCACUGCUGCCCCAACAACCACCAUUGGCCUAACUUCAACAACCACUGCUCAAACUUCAGCUACUGCAACCACCACUCCAACCACAACCACAACUACUGCUGGCCCAACUUCAACAAUUUCCACUCCUUCAACACUAACCACUGCUCAAACUUCAGCUGCUGAUGCAACCACGACUGCUGUACCAACAACCAGCAACCCGAGUACAACAACUCCUGUUCAAACUACAACACCAAGUAUCCCUACAACAACUGCUACCCCAACAACCACCACUGGCCCAACUACAACAACUUUUAUCCCAUCA